AUGGCUUGGCACCAUCUGUCCCUGGUGCCCGUCUUCCUCCUGUGGCUCCUGAGUGCCAGGCUCAGUGGUCAAAGCACAACCAAAGCCACAACCAGCCUCUGGCCGACAACAACAGCAAAGGGAAGCUCAGCAUCUGCAGUACUUAUAACAACAACAACAGUCACAAGUCCAGCUGUCCCCACCACAUCCCCACCAAGUUCCACUUCACUUAUUAAGGACUCAACUACAGCAGCAGAAAUCAGAAACACAACAGUUGUACUGCCACAGGAAACCCCUUCUCCCACCUGUCCUCCUGCUGCUGCUGCUGAUACAGGGAGGAUCCAUUUAAUCUUGUCAAUGGGCCUGACCACUUCCCUUAAUGUCACAGAUCGUACACUCAGAGAUAUGGUUUUGGAGAAGCUCCAUCAAGAAUUGUACACGAAGUUCCCUUGUGCCAGAUUCAGUAUGAAAUGGCUAGGAGAGCAAAGACGUUGAAAGCAACGCCCUCCAAGAGUGACCAGACUGGCCUGGAGUCCCCAGGAAUGGGCAUGAAUCUGCAGGUGACUCUUGAGGGCCAUGCUC